AUGUUUCAAGGUAAACUUGUAGAAAAUUCAAUUUAUUAUUAUUUUUUAUUUAUCCUUAUAAUAUUACAUAAAAUAUCAUCAAAAAGUAUCGCAUUCAGUUAUCGUACAUGUUUACUUCAUGUUGACUUAAUUAAUAUUGAACAUUAUCAUCCAGUGAACAGCCAAUAUUUUCGAUUGAUUACAAAAGACUUUCGUCUACAUGUUUUAUAUACAUAUAAAAAUGAACAACUUGAAUAUAAAUUUGGAAAUUUUAAUUUAUUAUUACCCGAUUCGGCUAGUUUCGAUUAUCAAUUUAAAACAGCCAUUGAUUAUUAUCAUGAGAUCGAUACAUGGCAUUAUGUUAAUGUAACAUUUGAUGAUCAUUUAUCCAAAGUAUUUAUAUCGUUUAAUGGCGACGAAACACGGUUAAUACCAUUAGUUGAUUAUCCGAUUAAUUAUUUGAAGACAGAAUUAAAUGUUAAUGUAUUACUCGAUGAACAACAAGCGAAUGUUACAUGUCUAUUACCUUAUUCAGGUUUUGAUACAAAAUUCAAAGAUUGUUUAAUUAAUAUUAAAACUUGUGAACAUCGAACAUGUACGCCGAUGAAUAAUGCGGAACAGUAUUGUCCACUUUUUAACAUAUUUGACUGUCGACCAUUUGCUAAUUUAGAAUGUGGCUUGAAAACAAUACCUGUACGUUGUUUACAUGAUCACUGUCAAAAUCAGGGUGACUGUUAUGUUGACUUAUUAAGGAAUGUUACUCAAUGUGUUUGUCCACCCGGCUUUGCUGGUGAUCGAUGUCAAUAUGAAAUUGAUGAAUGUCAAUCAAGUCCAUGUCCAAAACAUAGUCGUUGUAUUGAUUCACCGAAUAGUUAUACUUGUGUUUGUGAUCCAGGUUGGACCGGUAUCGAUUGCUCGGAAGAUAUUGAUGAAUGUAAAACAAUACAACCGUGUAAAGCAGCACGAGCUUGUAUUAAUCUACCGGGAACGUAUAAAUGUGAUUGUCUUGAUACAUUUGGCGGACAAAAUUGUGAAAUGAUACUUGAUCCAUGCUUAUCUGAGCCAUGCUUAAAUGAUGCUGUAAAAUGCCAUCCGAUUCUUGAAAGUGACAAUGUUGUUUUUCGAUGUACGUGUCGAGCAGGUUUUACGGGUCAUCAGUGUGAAACGAAUAUCAAUGAUUGCGAGGGUAUUGUUUGUCCGAAAAAUAAUACACAUUGCGUGGAUGGUUUAAAUUCGUUUGAUUGCCAAUGUAAACCAAAUUUUAAACGAAACGCAGAUGGUGUAUGUGUUGAAGAAAAUCCUUGCUAUUCAUCACCGUGUUAUUCGAAUGCCACCUGUUACAAUUUGAAAGGUGGUCACUAUCGCUGUAUGUGUCCACCGACAUAUACAGGUGUUCUAUGUGAUGAAGAUAUUGAUGAAUGCGCAGUUUUUCCAUCGAUAUGUCGAAAUGGCGGAACAUGUACGAAUGAAAUCGGUUCAUAUCGAUGUUAUUGUCCAACGGGUUGGGUUGGCUCAACAUGUGCCAAAGCUAUCGAUUACUGUCAAUCACAACCAUGUAAUCGUAAUGGCGCAUGUAUUAGUAAAAUAAAUGGUUUUCAAUGCCGCUGUUUAUCGUCGUUUACAGGUGAUGUUUGUCAAUAUGAUAUUGACGAAUGUGCAUUGAAUCCAUGUAUGAACAAUGGAACAUGUCAUAAUUAUAACGGUGGUUUUCAUUGUCAAUGUCCUACCGAUUAUUAUGGUAAACGUUGUGAAUAUUCUCCAUUGGAUUGUCAACGGUUGCAACAAAAAAAUCUAUCAUUAAAAUGUGCCGAUCCAUAUCAAUGUAUUGCUAAUGAUACAGAAAAAUUAAAGCAAAUCAAUCACUUAUCAACAUUAAAGUGCAGAACCGAACAAGAUCAUAUGCUUGAUACAUAUUUUUUAUGUCUCAAAGAAAAAACAGCAGAUCAAUGUGGCUGUCCUUCAAAUUUAAUAUCUUGUGCUGAUGAUGCUCUUGAAUCGAAAUCUAAUUGCAAUUGUCGUAAUGGUGGUACAUGCUUUUGGUCAAAUUCAACCAAUUAUCGUUGUUAUUGUCCACCCGGUUGGUCUGGUCCUGAUUGUCUUAAUGAGAUAAAUCUUUGUUCAAGUCAACCAUGCUAUAACAAUGGUACAUGUAUAUCAAACUUAAAUAAAUUUACAUGUCUAUGUUCAACAAACUCAAAGGGUAUCUAUUGUCAAGAUCUAAUUGAUCCAUGUGAAAGUAAUCCUUGUUUAAAUAAUGGUCAAUGUCAACGUGAAAAUAAUAAUAAUAAAUAUAAAUGUAACUGUUCAUCGAGUUAUGCAGGUAAUAAUUGCGAAAUUUAUCAAGCACCAUGUUUGUCUCGACCUUGUCAAAAUAAUGGCCGGUGUAAUGAUUACAUAAACAAUACAUUUCAAUGUCAAUGUCCAUUUAAUUAUAAAGGAAUUUAUUGUGAAAAAUCGAUUGAUCUAUGUCGAACACAAUCAAAUAAAAGUCUAUGUUUAAAUGGUGGUCUAUGUCAAAUCAAUAAUCAUACAAUUGAAUGCGUAUGUUUACCUGGUUACACAGGUCUCUUCUGUGAAAUAAAUAUCAAUGAAUGUUAUACAAGACCCUGUUCGUCAAAUGGUGAAUGUUUUGAUUUAAUCAAUGGUUACAAAUGUCAAUGUAAAACUGGCUGGUAUGGUUAUAAUUGUGAUCGUCGACAAAAUCCAACUCAUAAAUCUUUAAUAUCACGAACAAGUACUUCAUCGACGUUUCAAUUGCGAAAUUCAUUAAUAGACAUAUCAAAAAUAUUACCUUAUAGUUAUACAUUAUUGCCUAUGCGUAUUCAAUAUGAAUUUCGCACAACAUUAAAUCGAGUUUCACUUCUAUCAAUUGGAACACGUUUUCGACAAGAACUCAUUAAUAAUCGAAUAGUCACUAAUUUAGAUAAUAGAAUAGUGUUAUCAACAUUCAUUGAUAAUCAAGAGCGAUGGAUAAUGAUUAUUGUCGAAGUAUUUCGUCUAUGGAUUGAUGUACGCGUUGGCGAAACUUCUAUGUCACAAAGAUUUUAUGUAUUGGGUCCUUCGUUUGAAUAUGAGCUUCAAGAAGAAAUUAUCUUCGGUUCUGGAAAUUAUUCUGGUUGUGUUCGGCAAAUUGAAGUUAACUACAAUCAAGCAUAUUCGAUUCUAUUGACUGACAAAUUAGUAAAAUUAGAUGAAUAUAGAACAUUGGGUUGUGAAAGAAUGAAUGCUUGUCAGAUUGCAGUUUGUCAAAAAAAUGAAUUAUGUCAUGACCAUUGGUUCUAUCAUACAUGUCAAUGUCAGUCACCAUUUUUCGGUGAAAAAUGUGAUCAAAUUGCUCCUAUUGUAUUGUUUAAUCAAACGAGUUUUAUUGCUAUUUCACUUUCAUCGUUGAUAUCAAAUAUUUCAUUUCUUUUCAAUACACGCCAAUCGAAUGGAACAUUAUUUCAGUUGAUAUCAUCGUCGAAACUAAAUAGAUUUAGUCGUGAUUUAACUCCACAAAAUCGAUCACUCUCGAAAAUUCUCGGUACAUUAUUCAAUGGUCGUUUUCAUUUGAUUAUUAUGGACAAUGAACAUAAUCCACAGGAAUAUGAAUUACGCAAUGAACAAAUAUUAAACGAUGGUCGUCCACAUCAGAUUCAACUUGAUUUAAAUAAUAAUCGAUUGAUUAUUGAUCGAAUUCAUAAUGAAUCUUUAACAACAAUCAACAAUAAAAUAAUGCCCAAUAAACUUCAGCUGAUUCCAUACGGAUCUUUAGAUGGGUGGCUUCAAGAUCUACGAAUUAAUGAUCAAUUAAUUUCACUUGUAAAUACAACUGAACCCAACAAAGAUUUCAACAUGACAAUUUUAAAUAUGAAAACAUUAGAAACAAAUCCUUGCUAUCCAAUAAGUCCAUGUCAAAAUCAAGCUCAAUGUCUUGUAGCAAAUUCGCAGGAAUACAUAUGUCAAUGUGAAUUAAAUUGGUUCGGUCAAAAUUGUUCACAAAUAGAUCUAUGUCAUUAUAAUAACAGUAGCCUUUGUCCGAAUGGAUUUAUUUGUAAAACAAUCGAUAAUAAUCAAGAAUGUUUAGCCACAGGAACAUUCGAAGGCAAUUCAAGUCACUUGAUUGGCAUAUUAAAUUAUAAUUCAAUAUUGUCCAAUGAACUAUCAUUUCGUUUACGUGCGAAUUCACAAUCAGCACAUCUGUUAACAAUAAAAAAUUUACUAAAUUUAAAUUAUUUUUCUCUAUAUCUAUCGGAAGAAAAUCUCAUUUAUCGUGAUUCAAUAUCAAUUCAUGAUGUAUUAAUGGAAUUCAAUAAUCAAACAUUAGAGCCAUGGCGAACGUUUCAUUUUCAAUGGUCAAAUGAUUCAACAUUAAUAUUCAAUCAUUUCUAUACAUACACAAUUAAUAUUACAUUUGAAGAUAUAUUCGUAUUAAAUAAUCAAAUUGAAAUAAACCUUGGCAAUGGUUUUCGUGGUUGUUUAGAACAUGUUUUAUUAGGUGAAAAUCUUUAUAUACCAUUUUAUAAUGACACAUUAAUUGAAAAUGAUACACGUAGUAAUAAUAUUCAUGUAGAACAAAUUGAAAAUGUACAAAUUAAUAAUUGUACAUUUAAUAAUAUAUGUGAAAAUUUAAAUUGUACUAAUGGACAAUGCAUUCCUGAUUUUGAUCAUGGAAAAUGUUCGUGUAAUCAUGGAUGGGAAGGUGAUUAUUGUAAUAAAAAUAUCGAUGAGUGUCAACAAGGAAAUAAUUGUUCGAAAGAACAUAGUAUUUGUGAAGAUCAUCUUGAUGGAUAUUAUACAUGCAAAUGUAAUCAAGGAUUCAAUGGAACAUAUUGUGAAGAGAAUAUUGAUGAAUGCUCAUCUUCUCCAUGUGCAAAUGGUGGUAUUUGUAAAGAUUUAAUCAAUGGUUAUGAAUGUAAUUGUACUAGUAAUUAUAUUGGCUCACAUUGUUCUAUGUCACUGGAUGAAACUUGUUUUGGUCGUUUAAAACCUUGUCAAAAUAAUGGUACAUGCAUUUUAAAAGGUUCAAAUCUUCACGUUGAUAAUCCUGAAACUAAAUGUCAGUGUCAAGAUGGUUAUAGUGGUCAAUGGUGUGAAAAUGAUUUAUGUUUAGAACUGAGUUGCCAACACGAUGGUACCUGCCAGAGAUUACCAAAUCAAACAGCGAAAUGUUUAUGUACAAAACAAUGGCACGGAAAUAAAUGUCAAGAUGAUAUAGACGAAUGUACUAUGAAUAAAACAAAUAUGUGUUUAAAUAAUGGUACAUGCCGGAAUUAUCCGGGUGGUUAUAAAUGUGAUUGUGGAGAAAAUUAUCUUGGAACACAUUGUGAACAAAAACAUACUUGUUUAGAACGUGCGCCAUGCCACAACAAUGGACAAUGUCGAACCAACGGUGAACAAUACUAUUGUGAAUGUUCGUCACACUUUACAGGUACGCAUUGUGAAUUUCCAACAUGCGAAUCAACGCCAUGUAAAAAUCAUGGCUCUUGUAAAUUCGAUAGUGACCGAGGAUUUAUUUGUAAUUGUACAGGAACAGGUUUUGAAGAUGAAACAUGUACGACACAAAUCAAUGAAUGUCUUAGUAAUCCAUGUCAAAAUAAUGGAAGUUGUAUUGUUCUGAUCGAUGGAUAUAUGUGUGGGUGUUCAAAAACGUUUACUGGACUUCAUUGUGAAAGCAAGAAAUUUCUCGCUGCAUGGGAAUUUUCCUAUCAUUAUGUUAUAUGGCCUGGUGUAGCUGUACUAUUGUUGUUAGUAAUUAUUCUAUUCACGGUCAUCAUUGGUCGUAUUCGUGAGAGUCGACGAUCGCGAGGCACAUACCGGCCGGCAUUAAAUGAAAAUGGUCAAAGUUCACGCGUAGAAUUCAGUAUGAUCUUAAAACCGCCACCAGAAGAACGAUUGAUUUAA